AUGGGCUCAGAUGGUAAAAUGUCGGGCAAGCACGAGACGCCUUCUGCUCCUACUCUCAUGUCUGGAGACCUCGGACUUGACCCCAGCGACCCGCUGAAUCUGCUUCUUCACAACAGCGACCAGCAUAAUCAACAGUCGGACACGAGCACAGACACAGACUCAGUGGACGCACCCACUCCGCCAGAUUGGAAUUCACUGUCAGCUAUGUGGCCUUCUUUGGAUGAACAUGUACCCGGCGGAAAGGAUUUUGGUGUUGGAAUGGAUAUGGGCAUGGAUUUCGGGCUGGACAUGGACAAUAUGGACAUGUCAUUCGACGCUGUCGGGAUCGAGCCGCACUCCCUUUACCAUUAUACGGCCCCGGAGUCGUACACUGCACCCAAUCCAUUCCAACUAUUCUUUUUGGAUCAGCAAAACAACGACUCCAAGGCCAAUCUGGCGUUGGCUUCCCCAUUGUCGGACACCGCGAGCGGCAUUUCAUUCAACUCCCUGUCCCCACCGUCGUUCUCUCUCUCUUCCCCGAGUGAAGCGGAGCGAGCUCCGUCAUUGAGCUCAGGGUCUCCUUCCCCGCUGUUGCUUCCCACCCCUCCGCUCCCGUCCGCAUCCUCUCCACCGUCUACUUUCAUGCUUUCACCCCCAUCUGGCGUAGAGGACUCCACUGAACUUGCUCUGGCUUCGAAGGUUCUCAAGUCAGCCGGAGUUCAGUUGGGAGCGCUUCCCGGGCAAGGAGUCUUUGAUCUGGGGUUGAGCAUGAAUCUUAUCCGGGACCACGCCCGAGGAGUGGUCCCCUCCUCAGCGACUUCGCAACUUCCAUACACGACGGAACCUACUAUCUCAGCUCACAGCAAUUCGGCGUUUACUACUACACCCGUAGUCUCCUCGGGGUCUCUCAUGGACGCAUCAACUCCAGUUGCAAGCUCGUCCCGGCCUAAGACCAGUCACACUACGAUCGAACGGCGUUAUCGAACAAACCUCAAUGCACGCAUCCUUGCCUUGCGUGCAGCUGUUCCUGCCCUGCGUGUGGUAGAUCGUGCCGCCGCACUAAAGGCGUCGACGGAAUCGUCCCAUUCCAAUCCUAUUCCGGGUUCGUCUUCUAACGUGAUCCCGAAUCCGUUCAUCCCUGCGGACUCCGACGAAGAAGAUGUGAUCGACGCGCAAGGAUUGGUCGAUGGUGUCAAGUUGGCGCGCAAGAACUCCAAGGCAACAGUGCUGUUGAAAGCAACCGAGUACAUUCACGUCCUCAAGAACCGGGAGCGCCGGCUCAAAAAAGAAGUCACGGGGCUGAAAUCGCUGAUCAGAUCGCUCGUUGGUGGUGGUGACGCUGGUGAGAGGGUGAUUAGAACGUGGGAAAGCGAAUGGGGUGCCUUGGAAGGACCGGGUGUUACACACGGUCUCACUGGAUUGGAAGAGGAUGAUGAUGAAGACGGGGAUGACGAUAGUGACGAGGAAGGAAGAAAGAGAAAGAAGCCCAAGAUGGAUCCCAAGCCAAAGGCGACUAAGCCGGCGCCCAAGCCCGCGGCCGUCACAGCUCAAGAUGGACAGCCGACCGAGAAAAAGAAGCGUGGCCGGCCCAGGAAAGUCGUCCCGACGUCUAACCCAGCUACAUCCUCCGUUCCACCGCACACAACAACUCCUCUCCAGUCCAUCUCCUCAGAAACGUCGGCUACCGCUCCUGCUAGACAAUAUCUUCUCGGUGCAUUUGCCUUAUUCUCGUUCUUCGCCAAUGUCAAGCAGUCUCCGCCUGUCCAUCACACUCACGAGGGUCAUGUACUGGCGCGCCUUUCGACUUCGACUCCACAGAACGUCGGGAUUAUCCAGUCCUUCCACCUGCUUGUUAGCGUGCUGGUGCUGACGAGUGUGACUUGGCCCCUUGUCCGAUGGGGCUGGAGCACAUUACGAGCACCGCGAACCAAGCCUUCUGUACGGUUGGUGGUAGAAAGCGAAGACACCGAUUCGGACGAGUCCGUUUCUGUCUCCAGCGACGAAGUCGAUGCUAUCUCUUCUGUUGUCAAAGACGCGGAGCGCUGCAUCCUGAAUGAUAAUUCCCGACUGUCAUCGCGACUUUCUGCUGCACUUCGCCUCAAUCGUAAAUCUGAAAGCCGACUUCUUGCACUAUUGAUGCGGCCUGUGCCGCUGAUUGGUGGACCUGUGGCUAGAGCGCUUUGGGACGAAGGAAUGGGUCUCACCGUCGAGGACGCUCUUGCUCGCAUCGAUCAGCUGACUAUCAACCAGGUCCUUCGAGCUCUGGAAGGCACUCUUGCGACUGAAGGUCUUCGAGAUGUUGCUGCCAGAUGUUUUGUUCAGACUGUUCUCGGAGAUUCGAUGCCGGGUGAUGACGCAAAAGCACUGCGAGUUGCCAGUGAGCUUGGCGGUAGGGUGGGUAAUCUCGCCAGUCGAGUGCGACGCGUUCAGCAAGGGUACAAUCUGAAUGCUCAAGUCGGCGGCACCUGCAGCGGACAGGCCGAAGCGGACACUGUCAAGUUGCUGCAUGCGACGAGUCUUUAUCGGCAAUUUUUGGAGACUCCGACUGCAUCUGUAAAGCUUGCCCUGCGAGCCGCUUUGGGCAGCAGCAAUGUCUUCGAGGAAAGCAGGACUGUUGAGGAAGCGAAGGAUCUCAUCGUGGAUAUGCUCACAGCUCGCUAG